AUGCGCGCCUUACAGCCCCCACCCAAAGAAGACUUUGUAUUCGCUAAACCCGCAUCUGUAUCCACCAAGGUGGGUAGCGACCCGCCAAGCACACCUGCACCUGUUUUAAGGACCGGUACCGAACUGCCUGGAAGUAGGUCAGGUGACAGCGAGGCAUUCACAGUGAAGUCGGUCAAGGUGGAGGAGCUGCCCAGCGACACGGAGAGCACUGGUGACUUAAAGAAGGAGAGGCCCGCGCCUGCAGAUACAACGGCAGGUGUGAAGUUUGCAGGAUUCAAGGGAUUCUCAGCCACCCCAGCCAAACCCAAUGCUGAUGACAAGGAACGCACAUCCACAUCCAACGGCAAGGUGGCAACGAAUAGUUUGGCUCUUCCUGUGGGUAUAAGCUUUGGAGGAGGCGUGAGUGGCUUACCCAAAAACGGUACUGCCGAUCACAAGUCCGAAACGGAGAGCACCGAGAAAUCUUUUGCGUCAAAGUUCCCGAACCUUCCCGCGCCCGCAUUCGGGAAACCCUCACCAAGCACAAGCGAUACAAAGGACCAGGCCAAAGAUAAAAACACCAGCGCAACCGGAUUCAGCAUAACAGGCAAUGGCGCUGGUACAGGCUCUCCACCUGUUAAGUUCGCCGGCUUCACAAGCAGCAAGCUUUCACAUACCUCAAAGCCCGCUGCGACUGCUGCGCCUGCUAACCCCUUGCCUGGGGAUGGUAAGGCUGCGAAGGACCUUUUUGCUUGCUUUAAAGGCUUCGGCUCUGCGGCUCCAGCCCAGCCCAGUGUAAAUGGAACGGGGGCAGACCCAAAAGAUACAGGUGCAUGUGCAGACACGAGUACGACCAAACCGAGUUACACGUUCAACAUACCGCCCGAGCCAAGUGCAACAAGCUCUUCGUUCGACAUAAGCAAGCUGGGCAAAAUCCCGUUCGGAUCAACGUCAACGGACCAAAAAGGCACCGCCGAUGGACCCACAACCAGUGCAACAGCCCUACCCUCAGCUGCGGGUGCAGGUGCAGGAUCUGAACCCUCCAAGAAACCUCUAUUCGCUGGUUUUGGCUCUGUUAUAAGUGAUGCGGGUGCAGCACAGGCGCCAAACGACAGUGACAGUGGUACCGAAGCCGGAAGACUGUUCGGGGGCCCAGCCAGUACAAUGUCUGGUGCACCUCCCAUGUUUGGCUCUACAGCAACCACUGAGAAUGCAGGGAAGAAGUCCACUGAGCAGUCAACCCCGUCGUUCACCUUCGGGGGCAGCAACCCGGCCCAGAGCGCAACAGCUAAUGCCGGCGGAGCGACCACCUUUACCUUCGGAUCCAAUAAGAACUCGCCAGUCCUACCUACCGUGACCUUCGGAGGCACUACGGAACCCGCAUCCACGUCCAGCGGCAGCCAACUCAAGCCGGGAGUGUCAUUUGCGGGUACUGGUGCAAGUGCAACUGCCGGUGCAGGCCUGACGCCCAGCUCGGCGCUACCCGGAAACCCGCCCACAAGCACAAGCCCCAUAUUUGGCAAUGCAUCCGGCCCAAACCUAUUCGGCGGGUCGAGUGGACCGUCGCCCUCAUUCAGCACGGCCACCGCAGGAGCUUCGCCGAGCCUCGGCUUCGGCAGCACCGCCAGUACCACCAACACUGCACCCCCUGCGACAAAUGCGAGUACGGCCAUUGGUGCAUUUGGGUCCGUAGGCACAUUUGGGUCAAACAACUCUAACCUGUCGUCUGCCACGACAGGUGCGCCCGUGUUCGGUUCGGGUGGCACUUCGCUUGCUUUCACCGCCGCAAACACUGAGCCACCCGCCAGUGGCUUCGGAGCGUCGCAGUCACAGGCGUCUGGGGCUGGGGACAAAACCUUACCUGUUCCUGCAUUUGGGUCCACCUCUACCAACACGCCUGCGUUCGGCUCUACAGCUGCUGCACCUGCGUUCGGCUCUACAGCUGCUGCACCUGCGUUCGGGUCUAACACACCUGCACCUGGUUUUGGGACCGCUACACCUGCACCUGCAUUUGGGGCAGCUACUACUGCACCGGCGUUUGGGCCGUCCUCCACUUCACCUGCGUUCGGGUCCACAGCCGCGCCCAACCUGACGUUUGGUACCACGACCUCAGGUGGCUUUGGGUCUUCCACAGCAUCGCCUGCGUUUGGAUCGAGCACUUCAACAGCUCCUGCGUUUGGCGCGAAUGCUACCACCAGGGCGACACCUGCGUUCGGUGCAACUGCUGCACCUGCGCCCGCCUUUGGGACAAGCGCCGCAACCGGGUUUGGCGCUAGUACUGCACCUGCACCCUCAUUUGGGGCUACAAAUGCACCUGGUUUCGGUACCAGCGCAUCCCCUGCGUUUGGUAAUACGCCUGCGACAGGCUUCGGCGCAGCAGCCGCGCCUGUAUCAAGCUUUGGUUCAACUGUCGGUCCCGUAACCGGGAGUACAGGUGCAGGAGGCUUUGGGGGUUUUGGGUCAAGCGCAACUGCACAACCAGCGGCACCGGCACCGGCACCGGCUUCUGCGGGCUUCAACUUUGGAGCUGUACAGCCGGAUAAACCAGCAGCCUUUGCGUUUGGCGGCUCCACACCUGGAGGUUCGACUACGGGCACGGGGCAGCCUUUCACAUUUGGAGGAGGGUCUACAAGUGGGUCUGCAGGAGCCGCACCGGCCGCACCGGCAGGUACGUUCGCCUUUGGAAGUCAACCCGCUGCACAGACGGCACCGGGUAUGGCAUUCGGUGGACCAUAUGGGAACACACAGGGAGGUAUGCCGCCAGCUAACAGACCCAUGGCACGUGCAAGGAAGACGAAGAAUAGACCAGUAUAAUUACUUUACCUGUAAACAUAUGCCUCUGGUGAUGGUUGGUCUUGACUGCCUUUCGGUGUGCAUGAGUUUGGUCAUAUUUGAUUCAGAAUUGGCGAGGUUCUUCUCUCGUACACUCGGAUAUAGAAAUCACCCGGUUGAGCUGGGCAGAUGUCUCGGUGGAAACUGAAAUGCAACACUGAGUAGUGGGAUACUCAAAAUUGGAAUGUAUAGAUUCGUCUAGUGGAGCCACAAAUCGUUUCGAAAAAUAAAUUCUUUAUUUUAGUUUCAGGGCAUCUCAUUCCCACCGGAAGGAAUGUGGUAUCCAAGAGACCUAAGAACAGGCAUCCUCGUGACAGACAAAGACGGGCCUCUCAUAAUUGGAGAACUGGAUUUGGAGUACACAUGUUUCGGUCUGCGUUGGCCAGAGGGGUACGGAUGCUAUCAACUGUUUUAGACUGUAAUAGGGCAC